AGAGAGAGAGAGAGAGACAGAGAGAGAGAGAGAGACAGAGAGAGAGAGAGAGACAGAGAGAGAGAGAGAGACAGAGAGAGAGAGAGAGACAGAGAGAGAGAGUUGUUGAAUGCAAAGAAAUGGCUGAGCGGCAACACUGAAGGCUUCAGUGAGGCAGAGUGCUUAGGUUAG